AUGGCUCCCGCCGCCGCACGGGCACGCAAGAAGAAGACGUUCGUGCAGAAGCGCGGGCAGGUGCUGGAGAGGGUGCUGGGGAGCCUCUUCUCCUGGCUGCCGCGCUGCAGGUGCAGGCUGCAGCUGUUCCGCAAGAACCGCGCCCCUCGCGGCCGCCGCGGCAACCGCGUCCCGGCCAACGGAGGCCACGUCGAGCCGGAGCCCGACGUCGCAAACAACGACACUCCGCUCGCAACCACGCCGCACACCCAGACCCAGCAGUAG